UCGAACAGGCAACAACCAGCCUAAAACGAAAGAAAAAUUUCUAAAAUUUCAUUCUUCCGAAAUUACGUAAAUAAACCAAAACAAAAAUGGAAUACACCACCAAGACCCAGAUCUACCAGAAGGUGAAGAAGCCACUGCUGGAGCGCCAGCGACGAGCCCGCAUGAACAAGUGCCUGGACAACCUGAAAACACUUGUCGCCGAACUCCGCGGCGACGACGGCAUCCUGCGGAUGGACAAGGCCGAGAUGCUCGAGUCGGCGGUGGUCUUCAUGCGCCAGCAAAAGACCCAGAAGAAGGUGGUCAAGGAGGAGCCAUCCCUGCCCCUGGACAGCUUCAAGAACGGUUACAUGAACGCUGUCAACGAGGUGUCACGUGUCAUGGCCUCCACACCUGGCAUGAGCGUCGACCUGGGAAAGUCGGUGAUGACUCACCUCGGCCGCAUCUACAAGAACCUGCAGCAGUUCCACGAGGCCCAGACCGCCAGCGAGUCCCUCCAGGUCUCGAUGGACUACUCCUCAAUGGACAAGGCACCCCUCAGCCCCGCCUCCUCUGGAUAUCACAGCGACUGCGACAGCCCCGCCCCCUCGCCACAGCCCAUGCAGCAGCCCCUGUGGCGCCCCUGGUAAAAACGGGGUUAAGUGGUAGGACGGUGGAGUGGCAGGACCAGCCAACAACGCAUCUGUGAUAGCCCAACUGUGAUGGCAACAAAAUAGCAAAAUGAAAACAAAUA